GCUACAGCGGGGUUCAUUUUAAGUGUCCGGGAACGGGGCAGCCUGAGAACAGCUGACGUCGAGCUGGUGAGUUCGGCUUCUUCGGCCGCCCAUGCAGCCCCCGCUCUCUGCAGAAGCGGAGCCGGCCCGCAGCGCAGCGAUGUUGGAAGAGUGCCGAGACGAGCGCUUCCUCUACAUGAUCUCCUGCUUCAGGCCGCGGCUGAAGCGCUGCAUCCGGGUGCAUCCAGUGCUGGACUGGCUGCCCUCUCUGAGCGCAGAGGAGAAGGAAAGGGUGCGGGUGGCGGCGUUGCAGCGCGGCGAGGUGGAGGGGGCCGAGGAGCUGCUGCGCGCCGUGGAACGCGGCCCCCGCGGCCCCGGCUGGUUCACUGAGUUCCUACUGGCGCUGAAGAAAGGCGGCUGCGACCUGGCCGCUUGCUACGUGAACCCCAGCCAGCUGCCCUCGCCCCGGGAGGAGGAUGACCACGACCUCUGCGUGCACCUGGUGCAGCUGCUGCACGGCACGCUGGUGGAUAACAUGCAGACCAGACAUGUGGCCGCGAAGUGCCUGGAGCUGGGCAUCUUUCAGGAGGAGGACCUGGUUGGGAUUGAGACUGUUACUGACAGUCGUGGGAACAGAGACGGUGCAAGGGAGCUGUUGAGCAGAAUAGUGCAAAAGAAGGACUGGUUCUCUCAGUUUUUGGUUGCUCUGCGAGAAACACAACAUGAAAGCCUUGCAGAUGAUUUAAGUGGAAAUACAGGAGGAACAGAGAAUAAAGAAAAUGAGUUGAAGAACAGUACAAGCAAAGAAACAGAAGGUGCAAGCCAACCAGGUCAUGCUGUAACGGAGGAUUUGAAACAGCAAGAAAAUUUGGAUGACAGUUUUGUCAGAGAGAGCAGUGUAUUAGAAACUUCUGUUGAAAAGAACUCUGUAGUUUCAGGUAUGUCUACCAAUUGGAAUUUUGUUCUGGUAGUAGUUAAAUUUUACUGGAAGUAACUUAAAGAACGUUCCCAGUUUGUUAUCUCUCAUCUUGCUCAAAAAAUCAGGAACAUACGCUUCUGUCAAAGGGAAUGAAUGGAAAAAUCAAAUCUUGAUUCCUUGGAAGCAGUAAUUUCCAUUUCUUCCUAUCAGUUGUCAUCAACACUAAUUUUGGAGGACAGUUCUUUAAAUUUGCUCACUUCAGUAGAGUUGCUCUAGAACAAAAACAUGGCCGUACUUGAACUAAUUAAUCUGAAAGGUAUGAAAAAAUCUUUACCUACUGUAACUAGACUGAGCUAGUUCAGAAUCAAUUUGCUGGCAUGGUACAGACUGGCUUAGGAGGGUGUGCCAAGAAAUUUUGUGGCCUGUUGUUCAUAUGGAUCCACUUAUAAAAAUGUGCCUAGGGAGUUGAUUAUAAGCAGUAGCAACAACCAGCAGCAAUUCCCAGAUACAACUGGGAGCUGAUGAUUGAAACAUAUGUUGCAUGAUUAAGGAACCAUUCGUAUCUGUUACAAGUUCAGAUGCAGCUCAAACAAUAGUUAAAACUGAGAUAAAUUCUGCCUGAAAUGAUUUUAGUGGGCUUACUCAGCCAAAGGAGUAAGAUAGCUAAGGCUGCCCUUUUUUUUUCUCUUUUUUUCAUCAAACAUGAAAACAUCAAGAAAAAUUUGGCUCUGAAAACUGCAGUCUUUCAGUAGUAGUUUAUUUUUUGUUUAGUGUGCUCUUAACAGCAUAUCACUAUGAUUUAUAACAAGUAGUGGAUUAUUAACUGCAGCAUAAAUAUCAGCUUGUUUUUCCUGUAUUAGAACAUACUUUGGCAUUAUAAAGUAGAGGUGUUGAAAGUUUAUUAAUGAUUUAGAAUGGAUCUGAUUGAGUAUCAAGUCUUAAUCUUACUCAGGUGCUUUCAGGGUAAGACCUAGGAUUUUAAUUGUAGCUUUGCUGAAGACAGAUUUUGACAGAAUCACAGAACGGUUUGGGUUGGAAGGGACCUUAAAGAUCAUAUAGUUCCAACACCCCUGCUGUGGGCAGGAUUUCUACCCACCUUUAGAUCCAGUUACCCAGGAUCCCAUGCAUGACUCUUGUUAGCUAUCCGGAACAAUUAGCUGUUAAGUAGCCUACCACAAGCUAAUUCUAGCCUGAAAACUAUGGUUUAUUCAAUGAAUUGUAGUGAAGUUUAAUAGGCAGAGUAUGUCUUUACUAGCAAUUUGUGAAGUUGAACAGAUCUGUUCAGUGAAAUAGUGGAUGCUAAAGAUGUAUGUACAGGGUUAAUUCUGGCAGUUUGAUUGAUUUUAGUCUGGUAUGGGCUGCAUAUCUGCAAGUGGCUACAAUACAUCUCAUUUGGUUUCAUCUGAGGGGAGUUUUUCUAGCAACCCAAACCAGCUAAUAUGAAGUAUGGGCAAUUGACAGAUUCAUUUUUAAUUUACACUUCUGAUCUGAUCUAAAACAGUCACGUAGAUUCAAGGUGGGAAGAACUGUUAGGAGACAGCAUUGUGUGAAGAUGGCUGUAGAGGAACUUGCGUUAAUGUUCAGCUGUCUUGAAGUGCAGUAUGCUUCAAUCUCUACGCACCUGUACACACAAACAGAAGCGGUUAAUCAGGUCUCUCUUUUUUUGUUUACAACCUCUCUCAUAAUCUCAUGACUAUUUCUAGACCAGGCAGGUGAAAAUACAGCUGGAAACCCUAAUUCAUUUUGCAUAUAGAGUAGGAGACUGCCUACUUUACAGUUUGAUGUUGUCAGGUGUUUUGCAUUAUGCUCCAACCAGUCUUCUCUGUAUUGAGAUAGGACAAAUUUCUACAGGAAGAAGCUUUUCAAAUCACUUUAUUUUAUUACAAUUUGCACUAUAUCUAAAUCUUCUCCUGACUCUUUUAUGGCAGUAGAUUAAUCAAGGAGAGGUAUGAGAGUAUUAAGAUUAUAAAGAAAAUGUAGAAAUAGGUAAUUUAGCCUUAGAAAGAUAACUGCAAGUACAAAAACACAUAAGAAAUUUCAUGCACAAAAUACAGUGCAAAAGCAGUUAAAUUUGCAAGGUCUGAAGAUGAAACACAUAGAUUAAGGUUUCUGUUACCAGAAUAAGGAACUCUAAAGAGUUAACAGCUCUAUUUUUCAAGAUCUGUUUCAUAAAAUGAAGUUGACUGGAACAAGUAAAUUCUAUGAAAAUCUGAUUUGUAGUAACCUUGAAGUUACUAUAAGGUGGUACCUCUUGACUGAUUUUUAAGCAGCAUUUUCAAUGAUGUCUUACAAAGUAUUCCCCUUAAUGCUUCAGAAUGGAGAAACUGCUCAUUAAUUUGAAAGUAUGACCAGUUUUACUAAGCUGUUUAUUCUUGGUACAUCACUGCUGUUUUCCAGUCUUUGAAACUUAUUCUAAGACGUAAGGUAGCACAGGACAGGUAAGAAAGACUUUCUAAAAAAAGGAAUGUUGCAUAGAUCUAUGUUCUUCAUUGCAUUCAGUUAUCUCUAUGCUUUUCUAUUUGUUAAUGCAAAGUGACUGAAAAUCUUUCUGUGCAUUACACUGUGUUGUAGCAUAUAAGCAGCAUUGUAAAGGAAAACUAGUGAAAAUGCUGAAUGCAGCGGUUAAAAUAUCACCCUUUUAUUUUCAUGGUUUUAAAAUGGACUACUAUUUUCUUUUAAAAUAAUUCAAGAGAAUUGUCACAACUGAAAAAGGGGAACACUAUGCUACUGCUAUUGCAUAAUGUUCUCUCACCUUUCCUUUGGAAGAUGAGUAUUCUACAUUUCUCUUUGCCACCAAUAUUUUAUGUUGAGGGAUGAUUUUGUAAUGCAUCCUGCAGAUUGUAACUGUGCACUGAAUACUUCUUGAAUACAUAUUCUCUGUUGCAUGUACAUCUUUCAGUAGGUCUUGUUAGAGGGGAGAUGAUGGAUUAAAUAUAAUUUUAGUCCUAUCUUCUCUUUCCUAACUAAAUGGAUUCCUGGAAAGUUGAGAUACAACAGUGUCAUUUUUGUCACAUGCUGGGUGGAUGGGGGAAGAGCGGUAGAUGUAGUCUACCUUGAUUUACCCCCUAAUAAGAGCGUUGAAGAGAGCAGUGGCAUGCCACUGCCCACCUAGACGGGGAGGAGGGGUUUUGUCUCUGUGAAGAGGGUGAUAAGUGCGGUUGCACCCAUCAACGACCUGGUAAAAAAGCGAGGGCAGAUCCAGCACUUUCAGUAAUGGGGCGGAGCUGUUAGUCACACUUGGUAGCACUACUCUGAUUGUGCUGGUGCUAGUGGGUCUGCUGGAUUGCCAUGGCUGCGUCCCGGCGGAAGGCUACUGCCAGGAAACAUGUGGAGACCCAGACAGAGGUCCCCUGCACACGUAAGAGGAAGGCUGUAGCCAAGAAGAGUGUGGCGACCCAGACUGAGGUCCCAAAACAGCACGCUAGCGUUCAGAUUGCUGGCUGCAAUGAGUGCCAGAGUCUGGCCCUUGAAGUGCCAGGCGAUAGAGGCAACGCCUGUGUAAGGUAAAUGACCUUCUCAGUCUGGUGGCCUGCCUGAGGGAAGAGGUGGAGAGGCUGAGGACCAUCAAGGACUGUGGAAAGGAAAUUAACUGGUGGUGCCAGGCCCUAUCGGCCCCGAGGUCCCGGCAUGCAACUGAGGCUCCCUAUGGGGCAUGUGGCCU